AUGUUCGCAUUUUAUUCGGAUUUAAUUGAUAAAAGUUAUUGUCCAUUUCCUAAACUAGGCCCAUCGUAGAGCUAUGUAAAUGACGUCAAUACGCAUAAAUAAAACAUAAAGCAAUACAAAAGUACUCAUGAUUAAGAGAUAAUUAGUUCCAUCUAAGAAAUACAAUGUCAUAACAGAUGAAUAAAGAAACUCAUUAAUCAAGAUGAUAACUGAGGAUGGAAUAUCUAUCAAAAAUGCUUCUGAAAAGUGUUCUAUAAAACUGUCAACGGCCAAAGCAAUACUGAAAGUAUUUAAAACUUCAGGGAGAGUAGGGAAAAAGUAAUGCAGAUAAAGAAAGGCAGGAACAAAAAGGAAAAUUGGGAAUGGGAGGGUUGAUUUAAUGAUGGAAAUAAGAAAGAGGUUGCCUAAGAUUGGAUUUAAGUAUAUUUAUAUAUAUAUAGAUAAAUUAGCUAAUAUUUGUGUUUUGCUACAUAAUAGUAGUUUGGUAAGCCUGUUAAAGAAGAAUAAGAGUGAUUAUGAGUAUUCAAUUUUAUAAUGGGUAUGUUGGUUUUUUAUUCCAAUAAUACUCUCUCCAAUUUAUUAUAAUCUUAUUUAAUGAGUAAUUUUUAGUUUGAAAGUAUCGAAUAUCCUGAAGAUGACGAGUCAUUUGUUGAGUCUGAUGAUUCAGAAUUGAACCCAUUUUUGUUUGAGUUGGAUCAACAGAAAUCAAAAGAUGAAAGGGUAGAGAUGAUGUAUCAGGCAUUGCUAAAGAAUAGAGAUAAAAUUCUUGAGGUGAUUUCUGAUGCAAAUCAUAACUUAAAGAAGUUAAGGAAAUACGCUUCAGUCUUGUAGAAGGAGCAUUAGAUCUUUAAUAUUUUAAAAAAAGCAUACGAAGAUUUAAAGCAUAAAACAAUCAAUCAUGACUAAUUUGUGACGAGUUUAGAGAAAGCCUAUGAAAAAUAAAUUUAAGAAGUAUAAUAAACAUUAUAUUUGAUUAGCUCACUAAUGAUACUCAAGAAUUGCAUCAAUAACUCGCUCAAUAACAAUAAGAAUUCGAAAAGUAGGCUUGUGUGUAUAAAGAAUAAUUAGCAUAAAAGUAAGAGUUGUUAACACUAAAGGAAUAAGAGAUAAUAUGUAUAAAAAAUAAUGAACUUCAAUUAUCUGAUAAGUUGAAGAAUUCUCAAGCAGACUUAGUUAAAUUGUAAAAGGAGACAAAUGCCAUUAAAAAAAUAAAAACAUCAAACUUUUUGAAUCUCAAUGAGAAAUCCGAUUUCCCCUUUUCAACCUUCGAAUUAAUCAUAGCAACUAAGAUUAAAACCCAAUUAAUUUCAUUUUUGAGUUCAAAAGACAUUGUAAAUCUCUGUCUGUCAAAAAAAUCUAUAUAUUUUGCAUUAUGUUAAUUCAAAUUGGUAAUUCCACAAGUUAUAAGAUGUUCAACUAUUUAAUAUCAAUCAUAAAUGAAGUUGUUAACAAAACAAGUUGAUUUAUUCAAGAAAUUGUCAAAUGAUUGUCCUGAGCUAGUAGUUAAGACUCAAAUCAUUAAAUAUUUUGAUGCCUUUUUGAAUCCAAAUGAAUGGUUGGAUCCAAUAAUCGUUGAGGCUAACAAUUUUGUUAAAGGAACAUAGUUCUUGGGAAGAUUAGAACAUAUAGAAAAUCCAGAUUCCACAGAUGGUCUAAAGACCUUUGUGUAGUCAAUGGCUUCUCGUUCCUAACAGACUGCUAAUCUAUUAAAAUCAGAUCCAUUUAAUUUGAGUCAAUUUACUGCUAAUUUGAUUGUAAAUGCAAAUGACAGAGAAGCAUUUUAAAAAGAAAGAUAAAAUCAGUUAAAGAAAUUAAAAACCAGUUAAUCAGAUGUUUAAGAGAAGAUCUUUAAUUUAGGAACUGUUGUUGCUGCAGAUGUAGGUCUUUUUGGAUUAUAUUUGGCAACAAUGCAAAGGAUAUUUGCUUCGCUGUAUGUAUUUGGAAGUUACAUUAACAUUGAAUGCAGAUCUCAAUCUUCGUUAAUAUAUUACCUAGUAGAAUAACAUUGGCAAUUAAUUCAGAAGUAGACAAUUCUUGAAUAAAUGAUUUAAGAUAGAUAGUAGAGAAUUCAGAAUAACAACAAUGAGAUCAAGGCUUUGAAGUAAGCAUUCCUAUAUUUUUAGUGAGUAAACUAAAGGUUUGUAAGACUUGAUUAAGACAUUGCAAGCUAGUAUCAAGGCUCAUAAAAUUGAGACUGAAAAUGAGCAAUCUGAAAAGGCUAAGAUAAAGUAAGAGCUAUAAGAGACAAAGUAACUGUUAUUCAGUUAUGGAAAAAACAUUAAGUUACUAGCACUUGAAAUAAGAGAACUAAGAAAGGUGAACAAAGAAAUUGUGAUGUAAAAUAACAAAGCUGCUUCCCAAAUUUCAGAUCUGAAAUCCCAAGUAGCAUCCAUUUAAGUUUGA